AUGGCUACAAUCAACCCCACUGUUCACAAAGGACCCUACGCGGCCAUCGACCCCACCCAUGUCCAGCUUUCACAAGCAGGCCGCACGAUCGUCAUCACAGGAGGUUCGAAGGGAAUUGGGUUUGCGAUCGCCCGAUCCUUCGCCCAAGCUGGUGCGUGCCAAAUUAUCAUCGUUGCCCGCAGCCGUGCAACUCUCGAUACCUGCACUGCCCGCAUCCGGACAGACGUCCCCGAAUUCAAGGGCAAAGUUACACCCAUGCAAUGUGAUCUUGGCAAUGUGGCGAGCGUCGAGGCAAUGUGGACCCAUCUCAAGGAAGAGGGCAUCGUGGUGGAUGUUCUGGUGCUGAAUGCCGCUAAAACACAAGAGGAAUCAUCGAUACUCAAUCUGGGAUGGGAGAAGACAUGGGAAUUAUUCGAGACCAACGUUCGCGGCAAUUUGAUGAUGGUGGAAAGGUUUAUGAGCAAGUCAACAUCGCCCCGGAAGGCAAUCGUCAAUGUCUCCAGUCCAUUUGUCCAUGACCGCGACAUGGCGGCAGGGUUCCGUUCUUAUGCAUUAUCCAAGUCCGCAUUGACUUGGGCAUUGCAGCACAUUGCCGAAGAGGUUCCCCCCGAGCAGACGCAGAUUGUCAGUUACCACCCUGGUUUUAUCUUGAGCGAAGGCAUGAAGGAAGCUGGUUGCACCCAAGACGACAUGGACUGGGAUGACGAGAAUCUCCCUGGUAACUUUGCUGUUUGGGUUGCUUCUCCCAAGGCAUCCUUUCUACACGGUCGAUUCUUAUGGGCCACAUGGGAUGUGGUGAAUUUGCCCAGCCGUUUUCAAGAUGAGAUCCAGCAGGAUGCCAAUUUUCUACAAAUUGGAGUUCACGGGAUUUGA